AUGCCGCAGCUGAACGGCGGUGGAGGAGAUGACCUAGGCGCCAACGACGAGCUGAUCUCCUUCAAAGACGAGGGCGAGCAGGAGGAGAAGAGCUCGGAGAACUCCUCGGCGGAGCGGGACCUGGCCGAUGUCAAGUCGUCCCUCGUCAAUGAAUCAGAAACGAAUCAAAACAGCUCCUCCGAUUCCGAGGCGGAAAGACGGCCUCCGCCUCGCUCCGAAAGUUUCCGAGAUAAAUCCCGGGAAAGUUUGGAAGAAGCGGCCAAGAGGCAAGAUGGAGGGCUCUUUAAGGGGCCACCGUACCCCGGCUACCCCUUCAUCAUGAUCCCCGACCUGACCAGCCCCUACCUCCCCAACGGAUCGCUCUCGCCCACCGCCCGAACCUAUCUGCAGAUGAAAUGGCCGCUCCUGGAUGUCCAGGCAGGCACCCUCCAGAGCAGACAAGCCCUCAAGGAUGCACGCUCCCCGUCGCCCGCACACAUCGUGUCGAACAAAGUGCCCGUGGUGCAGCACCCUCACCAUGUCCACCCUCUCACGCCUCUUAUCACCUACAGCAACGAACACUUCACCCCUGGAAACCCGCCUCCACACUUACCAGCUGACGUAGACCCCAAAACAGGAAUCCCACGGCCUCCGCACCCUCCAGAUAUAUCUCCGUAUUACCCACUGUCUCCGGGCACCGUAGGACAAAUCCCCCAUCCGCUAGGAUGGUUAGUACCACAGCAAGGCCAGCCAGUGUACCCAAUCACGACGGGAGGAUUCCGCCACCCCUACCCCACAGCUCUGACUGUCAACGCUUCCAUGUCCAGGUUCCCUCCCCACAUGGUCCCGCCACAUCACACUCUCCACACGACCGGCAUCCCCCACCCGGCCAUCGUCACGCCAACCGUCAAACAGGAAUCCUCCCAGAGUGACGUCGGCUCGCUCCACAGCUCAAAGCAUCAGGACUCCAAAAAGGAAGAGGAGAAGAAGAAGCCCCACAUAAAGAAACCUCUGAACGCGUUCAUGUUGUAUAUGAAGGAAAUGCGAGCGAAGGUCGUGGCCGAGUGCACGCUGAAAGAGAGCGCGGCCAUCAACCAGAUCCUGGGCCGGAGGUGGCACGCGCUGUCGAGAGAGGAGCAAGCAAAAUACUACGAGCUGGCACGGAAGGAGCGGCAGCUCCACAUGCAGCUGUACCCCGGCUGGUCCGCACGGGAUAACUAUGGGAAGAAGAAGAAGAGGAAAAGGGACAAGCAGCCCGGAGAGACCAAUGAACACAGCGAAUGUUUCCUAAAUCCUUGCCUUUCACUUCCUCCGAUUACAGACCUGAGCGCUCCUAAGAAAUGCCGAGCGCGCUUUGGCCUUGAUCAACAGAAUAACUGGUGCGGCCCUUGCAGGAGAAAAAAAAAGUGCGUUCGCUACAUACAAGGUGAAGGCAGCUGCCUCAGUCCACCCUCUUCAGAUGGAAGCUUACUAGACUCGCCUCCUCCCUCCCCCAACCUGCUAGGCUCCCCUCCCCAAGACGCCAAGUCGCAGACUGAGCAGAUGCAGCCUCUCUCGCUGUCCCUGAAGCCCGACCCCAUGGCCCACCUGCCCAUGAUGCCGCCGCCGCCGCCCGCCCUCCUGCUCGCCGAGGCCGCCCACGGCAAGGCCCCCGCCCUCUGUCCCAACGGGGCCCUGGACCUGCCCCCCGCCGCCGCCGCGCUGCAGCCCGUCCUGCCCGCCUCGUCUAUUGCACAGCCGUCGACAUCUUCCUUACAUUCCCACAGCUCUCUGGCCGGGCCCCAGCCCCAGCCGCUCUCCCUGGUAACCAAGUCUUUAGAUUAG